AUGAGUGUUCAGCAGAGAAGACUGCCACCUGAAGACAACAAUGCCAAAGAGUCUGUAGAUUCAUUGUUGAACGAGCUCGGCGACGAUAUUCGAGAACUCGCAAAAAGGUUCGGUCGGGAUGGAAAUCCGCUCCUUGACCUGGUAGAGCCCCUUCCGGUCGAGCUCAAGAAGCCCAUUAUUGAAAUGGUGGUCAUGCUCCUUCACCUACAAAAGGUGCGCGAUGAGGUAAUUCAAAUUGUCCCCAUACGUGUCGCUGCAGCGUCAGCCGGGGCCAAGAACAAGAAGCAGCAAAAGAAGACAAAGAAGAAGGAUGAAAAGAGUACAAACACCAAGGAGAACUAUGAUCAGUCUUUGAUCCCCCUGGGUGCAAAGAACAAGCUCAAGACAAAGGAAAAGACCAGCAAGACUGUUGAGACUGCAGAGAACAUAGCUCCAGCCGAAAUCGAACAAACGGCGAUCACCAAGAGUGCAAAGAAGAAGAAAAACAAGAAUAAGACUGCAAAGAAUACCAACAAGACUGGCAAUUCUGCAGAGAAUUCUGAGAACACCCAGAUAGCACGGCCUGAGACCUCUACGGUUGCGACAAAGAAGCGGAACAAGAAGCAGAUCAAGGAUAACUCUGCAGUCGCAAAGGGCAAAACAAAAGCAGUUGUUCGCCAGAAACCUGGCGCUGAGUUAUUCUCAGCCCAUGACAUCGAGUACAUGUGGAAGGUCCAGGGUUAUGCUGAGCACGGGGUGGAAAACUGCCAGGAAGCAUGGGAUAAGGCGGCGGACACGGAGCUGGAGGAAUGA